UCUGUUAUUGAUCUUUAGCAAAAUAAAUUUAGAAUUUUAUGAAAAAUAGUAGGUUUAAUCAUUAAAAAUUUCGCACAGGUCUACAAUAUGGCAGGAGUGUUAAAAGCCCCACCACGGAACAUGAAAGCUUUGGAAAAGGAGGCAGCACAGCGUGGCCUGAUGGACAGAGAUGAGCGGACAUACGACAAAAGGGAUCAAUUACUGGUAAAUAUUUGGUCAAGUAAACGCCUAGGGAGAAGCAUAGAACGGCCGUCAAUUCUUCUGGUAGGAACUUCAGGAGUCGGGAAAUCUAGCACUAUUAAUCACCUAUUUGAUUUAUCUGACAAUAAUUCUGUGACCUUUGCCAAGACCAGUGCUUCUACCUCACAAACAAGGGCUACCACUGAGUUCCUUCUUGAGGUUGAUUCUCCGCCAGUCCGUUUCGGGGCUUCUGCUCUCAGACUGGCUCUAGUUGAUACUCCAGGUUUCAAUGAUACGGGAGGCACUAAACAGGAUGCCUGCAACUUCUAUUCUAUAAAAGGAAUGUACGAUAAACACAUGAAUGGCUGUAAACCAAAUCUUGUUCUAAUUUUAAUACAAGCAACAGAUACACGGAUUCAGGGUGAGAAUAGCAACCUUGCCAAGUCAUUGAAAUGUUUGAAGGCUCUGAAGCUUGUAGACUCUAGAUAUCCCAAUGUAGUUGCUGUGCUUACUUUCGGCACUGCACUAGGUGAGAAAGCGAAGAGAUUUACAAAAAAUAUUGCUUUGAAGAAAGAAAUUGUGAAAGAAACACUUUUCAAGUUUUUAAACGUGCAAACGCCUGUAGUAGUUUUAGAAAAUGACGUAGAAGAUCUCGAGGUGGAUGGAGAUUUCACCAUCUUACCGGAUGGGGUCAGGCAGCCGCAGAAUCUGUACAAUGUUUGUCAAGAUGUUUUAAAGAAUAACGGCGACUUGUAUGGACAUCUCAUAUUUAACGAGGCUUUCGGCCCCCAGAAAAAGAAAGUUACUAUGGGGAAAAGUAUGACAGCAAGGAAUGCGGACACAAGCAAGCUAUCUAAGGAUGAGCAUGAGUUCUUCGAGUUUUUCACUCAAGCAAUGGCUGGUGGUUCUAUAGAUCCGUUAGUACAAGAAGCAGAUGAUUUCUUGAAAAAGGAGAACAUAUCUGAUAAUGGGGAAAUUGUCACAGAAAUCCAAAGUCUAGUGGGGUCUUUGAGAAGGAUCGGUAUCCAGGAACUGAAAGACUUGACGCACGUUUCUGUGAAUGGAUUGAAUUUAAAACAUCUCCAGACAGUCAGCGAAACCGGAAAAAAGUUUCUGUCCAAAAUUGGAGUAAAAGAUACCACCCAUCAAAUCGGGAAAGAUUCAGCGACUGUUUUGGCGCAAGGGUACAAUGUUCUAGAUGGUUCUGUUGUUCAAAGCCAAAUAUUCGACUAUAAAUUGAAAGAUUCGAUGUUUGGCAUAUCUAUCCCAGAAUUUUGCCAUAUUAAACCCAACAAUGUGACGAAGACAUUCAUUCUAUCUUACGACACCGAGGAAUUACUCAUUAAGGACAGACUAAACCAUCUUAAUGUCUCUUUGGAUGUCGAUGAAAGAAAGUUUGUAGUGAAGAAGAUACCAGGAUUUAAUCUCAAGCCAAAGAUAAACGAAAAAAAUGCCCCUGAUCAAGAAAUAUCUUUUUACCUAGAAGAAAGGCUUUUUGAACUAAGCAUCGGAAACCUCAAGAGUGAAAAUAUUGUUUUGGCAACAAACUUUGUCUCUGCAAUAAAGGCUCUUCCUGUGAAAUUCGACAUUAACAACGCAAAAACCAGACUUGUCUUUGAACAGUUCUUUAAUCGAUGGGGGCAUUUUGUUGUAACGAAAGCAUACGGAGGUGGUUCUGUUGAGCUUAGAAUAAACUCUACAAAACUUGGUCUAGACAUCAACGCUAUAAAAAGAUCAUUGAUAAAAUCUAUGAGUGCUGGCUUCUUGGACGCAGAUACUUCCAUAGACAAUAACGAUGAUUGGUCAACAACUGUAAGAGUUGGACAGCUUCUUGAAUCCACUACUGUUGUAUGGAAUGGUGGAACUCAGGAGCUUAAGAAAAUAAAUACUCUUCAAAAUGAACACAGUAUGGACAUGUGGAAAAACUCGCUAGUGGCAAAUCCAACAAUGCUCACAACUGACUUGGCUCUUGAACCUAUUUCUACGUUUGUUGAAUUGACAGACGCAACCAAAAAGGAUGCCGCUUAUGAAGCUCUGAAAAACAUUCUAAGGGGGGAUUUUGAAAUUGUAGCCAAAAGACAACAAGAUGAGCAAGAAAAGGAAAGAAAACAUAAUGCAGCUGUAGAAGAAGCAAAGAAAAAGGAAACAUUAUUGGAACGACAAAGAAAAACCGUUGAAGAACAAAGAAAAGCUGUUGCCGAACAGAAGCGAUUAGAACAAGAAGAGGAGAAGAUAAGGGCUGAAAGAAUAAGAAAAGAGGAGUUGCACAGGCAACAGGAAAGACAAAGAGAAGAAAAAGAAAGAGCCGAAAGAGCAGCAAGAGCAGAAGCAGAAAGAGUAGCAAGAGCAGAAGCAGAAAGAGUAGCAAGAGCAGAAGCAGAAAGAGUAGCAAAAGCAGAAGCAGAAAGAGUAGCAAGUAAUACCAGAGCGGCAGCUGUUGCUAACAAUCCAACACCAAAAAGUAAGGGUGGCUCCAAAUGUUUUCCCCCACAAUCGACUGUUAGAUCCAUGAGAGAUGGUGUCGAAAUAACCCUCAGACUUGGGGAAAUAGUUGUAGGUGACCUCGUUUUAACCUAUGACUAUACUAAGAGACGUCUCGCUUACACAAAGCUUAUUCUUUGGGCAGAUGCUGAUUUUCAUACUCCGACUGAGUACUUCAAACUGGAACUAGAAGAUGGAUCCAGUAUCAAGGUAACUGAAGAUCAUUUAAUUUUGGUGGAUGAAUCACAUCGAGCUAUCAUGGCGAAAAAUGUGAAGCCGGGAGAUUUGUUAUAUAAAGCGAAUGUAGGAUAUUUGAAGGUAAGAACAGUCCGCCUGGUGACAGAGAACGGUUUGUGCGGACCUAUAACAGGAUCCGGAACUAUUUUAGUGGACGGUAUCCUGGCCAGCUGUUAUGCCAACUUAACAGACAUGUGCGUCUUCGGAAAAGUUAUCAUUUCAGCACAACUGCAGGGAAAGACCGGUUUUGCGCCAUUGUUGUUCUACAGAAAGUUCACCAAAGACAAGACCGAAAAACUGGUUGAAUUUGAAGGACUUCACCCGUACGUAGCCUCUCUCAUUAAGAUGUUCCGUCCGUUAGUAAAAUACUAGAGCACGGUAUUUCAAAAUAGACUAUGGCCAAUUAUAGUGCCCAAAAAUGGGAAGUAAAGAUCUGACAUGGCACUUAAUU